UGCUUAUAAAGUACUUGCGCCACCUAGGAUGUUGCGUAUCACGUGACAUACUUGCAUCCCUUGAACCCUAGUGCCUAUUGCGCUUGCGCUCUGGGGUCGACUUGGGAGUGUUGUGCUUUGUGUGCCCCACGUUGAUUGAAAGAUGGCGGCGCCCGGUAGCGUGGAAGAAAUGCGGAGCCGUGUGGUUCUAGGCGAGUUUGGUGUCCGCAACGUGAGUGAGCUGGAGAGGAUGGGUGGCCCAGGGACAGGUGGUCAGAAAGUCCAUACAACAGACUUUCCUGGAAACUACGCAGGUUAUGAUGAUACUUGGAAUAAGGAGAAGUUUGAAAAGAAUUUCAGAGUAGACGUGGUCCAUAUGGACGAAAGCACAAUAGAAUUUGACAUGGUGGGGAUUGAUGCAGCUAUCGCCAAUGCCUUCCGCCGUAUUUUACUUGCUGAGGUGCCAACCAUGGCUGUCGAGAAGGUCUUUGUAUAUAACAACACCUCCAUUGUGCAGGAUGAAAUCCUAGCCCAUCGCUUGGGACUGAUCCCUAUCCGUGCAGAUCCCCGUCUCUUUGAAUAUAAGAGCGAAGAGGAUGAGUGUGAUGAAAUCAACACACUGCAAUUCCAAUUGAAAAUAAAGUGUAGCAAGAACCCCCACGCAGGCAAGGAGUCAUCUGAUCCUAAUGAACUGUUUAUCAACCAUAAAGUUUACAGCAAGCACAUGGAAUGGGUGCCACUGGGAUCUCAGGCUGACAAUCUGGAUGCCAGUUUCCGUCCUGUACACGAUGACAUCCUCCUUGCCCAGCUGCGUCCCGGCCAAGAAAUCGAUGUACUUAUGCACUGUGUAAAGGGCAUUGGUAAAGAUCAUGCAAAAUUUUCUCCAGUGGCCACCGCCAGUUACCGGCUAUUGCCAGAGAUCACUCUGCUGCAGCCUAUUGAAGGGGAAGCCGCUGAGAGGCUGAAGAAGUGCUUUUCUCCUGGGGUAAUAGAGAUCCAGGAAAUCAAAGGGAAGAAAGUGGCGAGAGUGGCCAAUGCUCGAUUGGACACAUUCAGUAGAGAAAUCUUUCGUCACGAAGACCUGAAAAACCUUGUGCGCUUGGGUCGAAUACGAGAUCAUUAUAUCUAUUCUGUGGAGUCGACAGGUAUUCUCCCUCCAGAUGUAUUGGUGAGUGAAGCAAUCAAGGUGUUAAUGGGAAAAUGUCAACGCUUCUUGGAGGAGCUGAAAUCCAUCCAGAAUCAAUAACCUUGUGCAAAGAGGCAGCAGAAGAGUUUGUUUAGUUGGGAUCUCUCCACAUCUGUGUCUGAACAAGCUGGCAAAGAGAAACCUAUGGCUGUGAAAGACUGAAACUGCUUGAUAUGUGCUUUCCAUCUCUUGGACACUCACUGGAGAUGUGAUUGAAAUGAGGAAGAAAGGGCAAUGUAAUAUUCCUGUGCAGCAACUAUGGGCAAAGACCAAAAUGUACUAUGGGAGUGGGGAACUUUACCUCUUGACAUAUCCUAGAAAAGGAUUAAAGUUGUUGCAAAAAUGA